AUGCUGUCCAGUGCCACCGCCUGGCUGCUAGCUGCCAGCAUGCUGCCGAUUGCCACAGCAUUGCACGGCGGUCAGCCGGCAUUGCCCACGCCCGUUGCUGCGUCGUCUUUCCGAGCGUGCGUCAAGAUGCAGUACGGCCAGCAUUACGGAGGCCAAGCCUACGCCGCCGUCUCUUACGCGCAGCAGGGCAACGGGCACUACGGGCAGUCGGCAGCGUACGGCACCGCGCAGCAGGGCAACGGGCAAUACGGGCAGCCGGCAGCGUACGGCACCUGGAACGUCUUCCCGCGCGACGGCGCUGGCUCCUCGCUCACAAACACUUACCAGGUCACACCAGGGAGGGAGCAGAUCCUCGGGCGAUUUGACAUGGUCGAGACGUUCGGCACAAAGCUUACCGUCUCGCGUCAGCAGGCCGCGGUGCAAGUCAGGCCGGACGGGACCGCGACGGUCUACUCGAUCGGAAAGCCUCCGACGGGUUUCCGCAGGUCUCCGUACGAGCCGUGGGCCUGGCUACAGCACGGGCAGUCGAUGGUGCUCUCGCACGGCUGCAAGAUCUCUCUGGACGCGGGGGACCCGGAGGGGGCGGUCUACAAGUGCGAGAUGGACGACGGCUCAACACCCGGCCUGCAGGGCGGUGGGUACGGCCAGGCGGCCGGCGGGCAGGGCACCUACGGCGACCUCGGCUUCCGGCAAGGCGACGUGGUCCAGGUGGUGGAACAGAGGGCGGACGGGUGGUGGAAGGGCUCCCUCAACGGGCAGCUGGGCUGGUUCCCCUCCAAUUUUUGCUCGGAGCCGUUCUACGGCCAGUGA